ACAAGUUGACUUUACAACUCACAGUGCAUCUUUCGUUAUGGCUUUUCGUAGUGUUGUCUUGUUGUUGCUCUGCUUGGAACUUGCUGUGAGUCAACGGAUAUCGGAACAAAAAUGUUCAACUUACAGUCAACUCUUUGCCUGCCAGCAAUCAAACGAUAAUUCAGCUGUUCAAGAAAGUCCGUUCCCGCACUAUGCACUGCUCAGUUGGUCGAAUGACGAAAUCCUCAAGUCGUAUCACUUUGAUUGCGCAGGUGCUUUAAUCAGCGAUCGAUUCGUCCUCACCGUGGCACACUGCGCCAACGCUGGAACUCCAAAAGUGGUUAGACUUGGGGCAAAUGGGCACAAUUACGAGAAUUCUCUGGACUACAAAGUUGAUGAAAUGAUUGUUCAUCCUAACUUCAACAGCAAGAGAAGUUAUCACGACAUCGCACUGGUUAAGUUAAAGACGAGUGUUGUAUUUUCGGAGUUUAUAAAACCUGCCUGCUUAUGGAAUGAUCAAAGUUUGAAAAACUCCCCCGUAUUUGCUAUUGGGACAGGAAAAAUAAAUGGAACAAAUCACACCAAACCAAUUCCGCUAAAUGUUCUCGACAAAAACGAGUGCCGACGGCAGUUUGUGACCAAAAAUUUCUACCCACGUGGAAUCGCAGCAGAGCAGCAAAUGUGCAUCGGAAGAAGCAAAGCGGGAAACAGGGAUAACUGCUUCUCCGGCGACGGAAAUCCCGUUCAGGUGUCUGCUGAGCCUCCAGGGUGGGGCCCCCAAGUGGUGGGUUUGAUGGCACACGGAAAUACUUGCAGCGCAGGGAAAUCUGCCGCGAUUUACACCAAAGUGGCAGCUUACAUCGAUUGGAUCGAGAAAAGUGUUUGGUGAAUUCAAGAAGAUUUUAUU